AUGAGUAGCAUUGAUCCCCUUCGACCACGAGCAUUUGCGAGCUAUAUCGAUGAGGUGGCAGAUGAAUCUACAUAUACGAUCCUCAAUGAGAGCUUGAAAUUAAACCAAGACAAAGACCUGGCAUACUUCGCUGUCCUUGCAAGUGGGUUGAUUGACGCAAAAUUUCCACCAUUCGGCUUGCGUCAACGCAUGCUAGAGAUGUUCAUGUCAGAGCUUGGAAUUUCUCUGGCCGCCAAGAUAUUUUUUGAUCAAUCUAGAGAAAAGGAGGUACUCGAGAAAAAUAUAAGAAGACUGUCGGUACUCGCCAAGGAAGAAGCACAGGAAGUGCGCAGACGCCAAAGCCUCCUGGAAGGCUGCUACUUUAGCUACCCCGAAAGGAAAGAUGAUCAACAUUGGCAUUUAGCAGAGCUUCAGGAGAGAAUUUUCGAGGUAGAUCGUUUGUUCGGUAAAAAAUAA